CAAACGCGCGAUAGAGUAACGAAACUCCUGCCCGGCUCGACAUUGAAGAGUUUCAACUUGCGGGUUAUAGUGGACUUACAUAUCUGUGCCAUGAUGAGUACAGGUGAGCCAUACACUCGACACAAGGUGUUUCCACCGCAACGCAUGCACACAAGGUCAAGGUCAAACGUCAACAGAGAGACCAUCACUGAAACUGUCAGAUCCGGUGCCAGUAUAAGCCAACAGCCUACACAACAGAAAAAAACAAAUAGUACAAAGAGUAAGAUGUUUACAUGUGAUCAAUGUGGAAAUCCUUUUAAAACCUUAGGUGGCCUAAAGAGACACCAAGUCACUCAUAUCAAGAAAAAAUCAUACAGGAGCGGGAAGUGUCAGCAGAUUUUUACUCUCAAAGACGAACUGGCACGGCAUGUACAUAUGCAUCAUAACCCUAGUGAAAGCAAUGAUGUUUCUGUACAAAAUACGGAGGCCAUUCCCGUAUACCUGAUAGAAUGUCCAAAACAAGAAGACAAGUCGGAAGAUUUUCAGGAUGAUUUAGACGUAUCAAUUAAAAAACAUGGAAACAAAAAUUCUAUACCUGAAGUUAAACUGGAACAAACAAGUAAGGAAAACUAUUCUCUAGUGAAUAAUCUGUCACAGGGGAAGGAAGAAACAGAAGUAGUUUAUGAUGUACAGCAAGAAUCUAGUAUUGUAACUGAAAUGAAAUCUGACACACUGUUGGAACAGGUUCUAGAGCAUAUAACAAACGCUGAAGGUCAAGUAUCAGAGGAGGUAAUUGGAAACGAAAUGGAGACACACCAGUCAAAGCAAAGCUUUGGUAAAAGUCAAGAAUUUGCUGGCUCUGGUACAACAGAAAAUGAGACAUUCAUUGUGGUAGAACAUGGAAAUGAUAUAACAGAUCUACUACUCCAAGACGAUUGUUUCAAACUUUCAAGCCAGUCAAGGUCGUCUGGUUCUCAAACAGCACAUGAAAAGACCACAUAUAUGGAUAUAAAACCAGGCAUGUCACUUUUGCCCACAAAUCAGCAAGAUAGUGUACAAAUUAGCAGUAUUGAUCAGUCGGUCAACAACAGUAAGGAGAUGUUGACCAGUGGUCAAAUGGUCAGUACUCCUAUUCAUAGCAAUGUUACCUCUGGAAUAACAACAAUAGGCCAUAUAAAGCCAGCGUCUGGUCCGAAUCAUGUCCUAGGUGGAAACACAAAGCUGGCACAAUUAUCUGACAAACAUGUCAGUAUCAAGUCACAUUUCUCCAAGGAAGAUAUUGAUAUGGAAGUCAGUGAUGAUCAUGUCUUUGGUUUGGUGUCUGGUUUGGUCAAGUUCUGUCCAGAUUUGAGUGAAACCGAUUACACUGAAGUUGCCAAGGUAACAGGUGUUACAGUUAUUAUGCUUGACAAACAGAAGAUUGUCGUCCAUGGUUCCUGGAAAGCGCUCAACAGAGCUUACGCCAUGAUAGAGAAUUUACAAGUGGAAGCAAAAAAAGAAAGGUCAUUGUUGGCAUUACAAGAGGACUGUGUUGGAGUUAGCUCCCCUGUGGAAUGUGUCGCUAAUUCAACACCUGUAGAGUGUAAUAACGAAGAUCAACUGGAACAAAAUGGAGUAGAAACUAACGCCAUGGUUACUAAUGAUUCAGACAAUGAGGUUACCAUAGAAACCAGUCAUUCUGUGGACUUAGAUAACUUAGACCCUUCUUCCAUCAUGGAACCAGACACAUUCCUGUGUGACAAGUGUUCCAAACUUUUCUGGAGCAGACGUUCCCUCCAGGAACACAUUGCUUUACGACACAGCGAGCACAAAUGUAAGGUGUGUAGUAAAGUUUUCAGUGAGCGUCGAUAUCUACAGACACACCUUAAGAGACACGCAAACGUUCGUAACUACACAUGUCCCAUAUGUGGAUGGAAGUUUAUGGAGCGUUUCAAGAUGAAGUUACAUAUGGAAUCUCACAAGGAACGAAAAGACCGUUGUCUGCCUUAUAAAUGUGCUAUAUGUGGUAAUCAGUUUUAUAACCGGGCUAGUUGGAGCGAUCACCUUAACACACAUACAGGAAACCGUCCAUAUUCCUGUAUGCUGUGCAGUAAUACCUUUGCACAUCGUAUUGGGCUGAAGCGACACAUGAUGACACAUUUAAAAGAAAAACCUUAUAAAUGUGGCCAAUGUGAUAGAAGUUUCUCAUUCAGGAGUAAACUAACGGACCACAUGACCAUGCACACAGGGAUCAGCAAGCACAAGUGCUCACAUUGUGACCGGAUAUUUACAGCAUCUUCUUCACUACGGCGACACAUGGAACAAUGUCCCUGUAAACCUCCAGGACCUGAGAUUAUUGAGCCGAUUACCAUGGCGAUGGCUGUUGAAGGGCUCCAGGCUACAGACUCUGACACAAUCUACAUGUGUGGUAUAUGUGGGGAGACAUUUGACUCGCUUCUCAAAGCAGAAAAACACACAAUUGACCAUGAACAAAGUGUUACCACUACAGAAACAGACAAGACUAUUGUGAUUCAAGAGGAUAAGGAGUUUGCCUUAGCACAUGAUGUUGCUGUCAUUAGUGAACCAGCAGUCACAGUAGCAGGAGACGGUGCACCAGUCGCAGCAACACAAAUGUCAGUGAACCACACUCCUAGCAUCACAAAAGUUGAUGAACCACUGCCAAAGUAACACAAAAGUCAGUGAACCAAUGUCAUAGUAACACAAAAGUCAGUCAACCACUGUCCUAGUGACACAAAAGUUGAUGAACCACUGUCAUAGUAACACAAAAGUCAGUGAACCACUGUCCUAGUGACACAAAAGUUGAUGAACCACUGUCAUAAUAACACAAAAGUCAGUGAACCACUGCCAAAGUAACACAAAAGUCAGUGAACCUCUGUCAUAGUAACACAAAAGUUGAUGAAC